AUGGUAUCAACAUUAGAUGCUUUGAUGACUAUAAAGAUGUUGCUGAAAGAUGAUUUACGAAGUGCUAGAUGUCAACAAAUUGUUAGUAAAGUAUUUGAAUCAUGGAAUGAUCUAGAUUAUAAUCGUCGUUUCCAUCAAAUACAACUUUUAAUUGAUGCACCUGAUGUUUCUGAACCAACAAAACAAAUCAGAUCAACUGUCAAAAGAAAUAUUUCAUCAAUUCAUCCAGAAAUUAUGCACAAAAAACCAAAAAAACCAAAAGCUAAAGCAAUAAAAUGCAAGUCAUGA